CGCUGCGUGUCCGAGAACGGAGUGGAGUCGGUUGGAUUGCUCGGCGUUGUUGGUGGGGGUGGGGUGGAGGGUGACACGUUUGGCUGCUUCGCGAUGGUUGAGCCUCAACGUUAUUUAAAGGGCUCCUGGAUUCGUGGCGUUAUUUUGACGCCCGCUGUGAGAACUCGCUCACGUCAUCUCACCACCGCACGCAGUCGCUGCAGUGCGCGCGCACGCACGCGCACGGGAAAGACAGCGCGCAAGGCAGCCGCCUCUGGCUCGUUGUGAUUGCACGCGCAUUGGGGAUUGGAUGCACCCAUCAUCAUCAUCCCCGCCCCUCCUCUGAUACGAUUCCCAACAAGAGGCGGCUGGCUACUCUAUAAAUAGAGCAGCUUCGUCCUGUUUAUUUCUAUUGACGUAUCUAGGCUGUAGCAGCAGCAGAAUCCACAACAUUCACAACAUCAACAGCCACCGCAGCAACAGCAACAGCAUGUGUCUCAUCAGCGGCUACCUCCUCCUGUGUCUGCUCUGCACUGCGGCUGUCCGUGGUGAGGAGUCAUGUGAUCCAAACCCGUGCGACAACGGUGGAACGUGCCUGCUGGACUCCACUAAGGACAGCAUCACCUCCGUGUACCUGUGCAUCUGCCCCGGAAAUUUCACCGGGCCAAAUUGCUCCUUUUCCAGUAAAGACAAUGGAAAUCCACAAGAGGCGUCUGGCUCGGAUCUGCCAGGUCCCUGCUCACCCAAUCCGUGCCACAACUCCGGGGAGUGUCACGUCAGCCUGGCUCCGAGGGGCGACGCCUUCGCCGACUACGCGUGCGAGUGCCCACGCGGAUUCGAUGGCAUUCACUGUCAACACAACAUCAACGAGUGCUCGCUGAGCCCGUGCCGGAACGGGGGCAUCUGCACGGACCUGGACGCGGACUACUCCUGCGAGUGCACCGGCGAAUUCAUGGGCAAAGACUGUCACCUGCGCUGCUGGUCCCCGCUGGGCCUGGAAGGAGGAGACAUCCGGGACGAUCAAAUCACGGCGUCGUCGCUGCUCGUCGCGGUCAUGGGCCUGCAGCGGUGGCUGCCCUCCCUCGCGCGCCUCAACCGCGCCGGCAUCGUCAACGCGUGGACGCCCGCGCAGAGAGACUCGCAGCCCUGGAUACAGGUGAACCUGGAGAGGCGGCUGCGAGUGACGGGCGUGGUGACGCAGGGCGCGAGCCGGUUCGGCAGCGCCGAGUACGUGCGCACGUUCAAGCUGGCGCACAGCGGCGACGGGCGCAACUGGACGGUGUACCGGGACGCGGCAACGGGCCGAGACAAGGUGUUCCUGGGCAACCAGGACAAUGGCUCCCCGCGGUCGAACACGCUCAGUCCCCCGAUCGUGGCCUCGCUCGUCCGCCUCAUGCCGCUGACGUGCCGCAGGCGCUGCACCCUGCGCAUGGAGCUGCUGGGCUGCGAGACCAACGGCUGCUCCGAGCCGCUGGGCUUGAAGUCGGGGCUCGUUGGCGACACGCAGAUCUCGGCGUCGAGCGUCUUCCAGACCCUGGGGCUGCCCUGCUGGACGUGGGAGCCGCACCUGGCGCGCCUCGACCGCCAGGGCCGCAUCAACGCCUGGUCGGCCGCCAAGGGGGACCCCAACCAAUGGCUGCAGAUCGACCUGGGCGAGGCUCGCAAGAUCACGGGCAUCGUGACGCAGGGAGCUCGCGACCUGGGUCACAUGCAGUUCGUGCGCUCGUACCGCGUGGCGUCCAGCGAGGACGGCGCCACGUGGACCGUCUACAAGGACGACGAGACGCGGCGGGACAAGAUCUUUGCUGGAAAUUACGACAACAACAGUCACAAGAAGAACAUGUUCAACCCGCCCAUAAUCGCGCGCUACGUGCGAGUGCUCCCCUACUCGUGGUAUCGGCGCAUCACCUUGCGAGUGGAGCUCAUCGGCUGCGACUUCUGACGCGGCAACGGCGGUGGCGAUGCAGCAGCCGCCGCUGCGCGGCGUUCCCAUCCUAUUAGUUCAUCCGCUCGCGCGAUCACCCGCGUGGCCUCAAGUCCGACACGUUCAAGUUCGCCCACUGCGGGAGGGUUAGGGUGGGGAUAAGCGUUGGGGGGGGUUCGUACGACGACGGUGAUGGUGAAGCUGGAAGAAAAAGCAGUGGCUCUGAGAUGUUGGGGAUAACGUUGGGAUCGCCCCUCAUGGUCACACGAACGUAAAGUUGGUGUGGAAAUGUUAUCGGUAGAUUUCGGAUAAGCAGUGAGCUUUUGAUAACACUGAUGCAAGGGUUGUGGUCAUAUUUUUAGAUUUAAAGCUUUCGUGCCUGCAGGGAUUCAUCUUCUUGGUUCUUUCGGUAAAGUCACGCAGAAUGGAA